UUUAACGCUUUGCGACCAUGUAUUAUUAGUGUACAAUGAAGUAAACCGGUGAGCUGUUGACGACUGAAACUCGACAACUUCCUCACCUGUCAUAGCUACUGUUACCGUAAUGACUCGAAUACAUGCUUGGAGGCGCGGCGUCUACAGCAAGAAAACUCCUUUCUCAAGUCACGUCGGAAAUUUUAGUUUUGUAGUAUUUGUACGUUCACUAAAGGAGCGACUCUCCAUUGAAGCACAGAUGGCGCUGUUGAAGCUGUUCCUCGGGGCUCUUCUGCUCCUUCAGCUUGUUCUGCAGCUCCUAGCCGGAGCUGCUGACCCUCAAACCUUGAACUGUCCUGCUUAUGCUGGAGUUCCAGGCACUCCUGGACACAAUGGUCUGCCUGGCAGAGACGGCAGAGACGGAAGAGAUGGAGUCACUGGACCCAAAGGAGAGAAGGGAGAGCCAGGAGUGAGUGUGCAGGGACCUCCUGGUAAAGCUGGACCACCUGGACCUGAUGGAGCCCAGGGUGAAAGCGGUCCACCAGGGUCUCCUGGAAGUGAAAGUGUUAUUGAGUCCCUGAAGUCUGAGAUCCAGAAUCUUAAAGCCAAGAUUGACACAAUUGAGAAAGCUGCGAGUUUCAGCAACUUCAGGAAAGUUGGACAGAAAUAUUACGUCACUGAUCGUAUUUUUGGAACGUUCGAUAAUGGCAUAAAACUCUGCGAGAGCUCUAGUGGAACAUUGGUUGUGCCAAAAAGUUCUGCAGAAAAUCAAGCUUUAGUCAGGGUGGCAGCAUCGAGUGGUUUAAUUAAUGAGAAGCCAUAUAUUGGAGUCACAGACAAAGAAACAGAAGGACAGUUUGUAGACAUUGAGGGGAAGCAACUAACAUUUACCAAAUGGGGACCAGGUCAGCCUGAUGAUUAUCAGGGAGCACAAGACUGUGGUGUAAUAGAUGUUUCUGGCACUUGGGAUGAUGGAAAUUGUGGUGACAUACGUCCUAUUAUAUGUGAAAUAGACAUCAAGUAGUAACUCUACCAUAUUUGCAUGAAAUGAGAAUGCAGAAAUUCCGUAUUAAGGUUUUUUAAACAACCUAUAUGCUUUACAAAUAGUUUAUAUUUGAGUGUGAAGCAUUCUUCAGAAUGUAAAAUGAUACAUUUAAUAUACAUAACAAAAAAUAAAUGCACCGAAUGUUAUGCAAAC